UAGUGAGUGCUUGUAGAGAUUAUAAUCAUAAAAACCAAUUACAGUAAUUAAUUAAUUAUUAUUAGGAAAAAGUUUAAAAAAAAAACGAUUUUAAAAGUUUGUGUUAUCAAUUGUGCUAAACAGUAAAAAAUCGAAUUUUGGCCUUGCUUUGUAUAUCACGCACACACGAUUACGAUGUCAAAUCCACACAAGAUAGAGAACUACAUGGCAAUCCCAAACACACGCUUUCCAUUGAUACUGAUAAGAAGACCAGCUGUCUCAACUUUUGUACCAACUGCAUUUAAUUAUUAUCAAGCUAUCCAUUACAUGGACGAUUUGAUAUUAACGAGCUUUUUCUCUGAAAAGACGGGCUUUGUCUGGCACCCUUUUCUCUCACGGUUGUACUUCGGAGCAUUGUUUUACAUACAAACUCGGCGUGCUGCUUUAUAUGCCAACUAUGGCUCACAGGUAGAGAAAGCAAAAACCAGGGAAUUGCUUGAAUCUUUUCCUCCAGAAAGAUUGCCAAUACCAGGACCACUCGUACCAAUGCUUCAAUGCAUUGCUGCUGCUGAAACCGAAUAUCCAGGGUAUGGAACUAUUAUUCCAUACAUCCCUGACAGAGCUGGACCACUAGUAGGACAUUUAAUUCCAACUGACACAUCCAUGCUUGCGUUACCAAACCUACCAGUUAUUGCUGGAUUUUUGAACACCAUCAUCACGGCAGAAAACGAUGAAAUACCUGACUACACGAUACCUGCGACUUUCUCAAAUGCGGAAGAUCAUAUUAUCAAUGGCUAUGAAUUUCCAAAUCUCCAUUGGAAUGACAGUAUGCGCAACGUUCUCCUUCAACCAGGAAUGGCUCACACUCCUGAAACUCUACCAGAUAUUGACGCACUUAUUAAUGCUAAUGGAGCUGAUUUAAAAAUUCCAAUCAUCAAUGCACAAACUGAUCUAAGGUCAACAAGUAGUUACUUUUUACUUGAUGAUACAGAGUGGCUUGAAGCCUUAAUUCCAACAAUGGCUGCUUAUUGUAGUUUUUUUAAGGAAUCAGGGAACUUGGGAAACUGCUCUCCAUCCGGACCAACAGCAGGAUUAGUAUGUUCCAAGUUAACUUUACUGACCAGCGACACCGCUGCAGCAAAUUUAGCUAACACUCUAACUUCAGCCUUUCCUGAUCGCUAUCCUUACUCUCUCGUUUACCAAUAUCGCUCAACAGAGAGUAUUAUUCCACAGCCUUAUAUGGCGAUGGGACAAUACGCCGCUAUCAACACCAGCUGCGAAUACCAUGGAAUGGCCGACUGGGCACGCAUCAACCUUCCUAAUGAUGGACGAACUGGACCAUACUGGGACAUAGCACCACCACGACUCGAACAACUAAACAACAACUGCUUUGGCGAAAUCCAACAAAUAAUAAGAUCUUGUUAUUAUAUCGAAGAUCCAUCACCAUAAAUCGAUCCCAAGUCACUUCCAUUUGGUUUUUUAUCCUUUU